AUGAAUGGAAUUUUGUUUUUAUUAGAUAAAAAUGGAAAUAAAGAAAAGAAAAUUUUGGAUUUUGAUGACAAUUUCCAUUCUGAUAAUAUUUUGGAAAAUAAAUUAUUUUAUGAACAUUUUGGUGAUAAAUCUAGUUGGGAUAGAUUGUUUCUUUUGGCAGAAAGUGAAAUGCGUGAUCCUGGUGGAGGUAAAGGACAUACACCUGUGCCUUUCUUUCUAUCUAUAGCAAUUGUUGGAAAAAAUACUAAACAACCUCAAUUAUUACAAAAAAUGUAUGGUGGAAAUAAUAUAGAAAUUAAGGUAAAUAUUUUAAAAUUUCCAAAAAUAAUAAAAAACAACACCUACCUAAAGACAUUUAAAUUCUAA